GGGGGUUGGCCAGUGGGUUGGGUUCAGGAGAGAUGUUUCAAGAUUGGGGGGGAGAGAUCGAUGCAUCCGUAGGAGGAGGUCGAGGAUCAGAGACGUUCAUGGCUGCGAGACCCAUGUGGGUCCAGAGCUCCUCCGGGUGAUGUGGACGAUGUUUUCGGGACUCGAGCCGCCACAUUGCACCCGUACCCUCGAGACGACAGUGAUUCCGAGGGUCACGAGGACAAGGACGAGUCGGCGGGCCCCGCUAGCACCACUCCUGCGGCGGAUGAGCGUGAUGAGUGGAGCGACGGAGAGGACGUCCGUAGACGGAGUGGCGGAGAUGACCUUUUCAUUCAGGUUGAUUUGGAGGAGGAGUCUGGGGGUCGUCAUGGGAUCCCUUUAGAGCGUCCGAGGCCUACGUCCACCGUUUCGCUUUCCGCUGAGCGGGAGACGGAUCCUGGGUCUGCACCUUCGAGGGGGUCAGAGUCGGGGAUUGGCCAUCGUCCUCUGGGUCGCUCUGGCACGACAUCAUCCACCGCUCUUCCCACUUCGACGGAGCAGCUUCAUCGACAGCCAGCCGUUGCAGAUCGAUUGCAGAGAUUGGUGAGGGGUCCGAGACAGCGAUUGGAGGACAGAUUGGAGGGCGGUCCUGUGUCGGUGCAGGGUGACGACGGAGACAGACAAGGGUUGGUUGGUGGAGAUGGUGGUGCGCUGGCCGGAGGUGGAGGCGGUGCCGAGGCUGAUGCGGCGGUUGAGGGGAUACCGAUGGGCGGCGGAGGUGGUUUCAGUGAGUUUGGCGAUAUGGAGGUGAUGUUGGGGGCAGAGGGGGAUGAGGACCGAACACCCCCUGGAGAGACAUCUGCAGAGAGGCUGGAUAGGCUUGAUAGUCGUCGAGCGUGCCUCAUGGCACAGAGGGACCCCAGGAUGCAGGAGCUCGCCCGUCUUGCGGCCGAGGACCGACAUAGGCAGCAAGGGACAUUUACGCCGGCGUCUGUUGACGCGAGGCCAGCUGCCCACACGGAUACUCCGACAGAGGUUUAUGACACGACGCAGCGGGAGGCAGCUUCGGCAGAGGUUUCGAGUAAGGGAGUGGAUGUCCAGCAGGGGACGCUCGAAAGCGGGUUGGCACCGACAGAGGAGCUACGUUCGGAGCCGGCGCAGCAUCCUGCCGUGGAGCGGAGGCCAGAGGAGACAUUGAAGGAGGUCGCGGGCGUGCCUCUGCCUGCGGGUUCAGUCGAGGGUGCCGUGCAUAUGUCCCCGGGUCUGGAGGACAUACCGACAGGGCAGUCAGUGGGCGUUGAUGAUAUUCGCCCAUCGGCACAGGCGGAGGGGAUAGCGCCGACCACCGGGGGGGACGGGGCCGUAGCGGGGACCGUUGGUGCUGGCGGGUCGGGGGUGCCGUUCGCGGCCGAUCCGAUGUCCACGUCUGGCAGGGUAGACCCCGCACAGGUGGACAGGCGUGACGCAGACGGACAGGAGAUGCCACAGACUUUGGUGGUUCGCACUGCUGUGGGGCCAGUGGUGCCACAUCGGGCACCGUUUUUUGAGGGUUUUAGGCAUCCUGCACAUGGCGGUGGCCCGGUCGAGGAGCGACGUGUAGGCAGGGGCGCGUGCAUACCCCCGGUCCCUACUUUUGCGCCGUCACGGACGAGGCCGGAGAUUAGGCAUGUGGCUACGCCUCGAGGCAGCCUCCCUUUUGGUUUUAUGACCGCUGAGGAGUUGGAGGACCACGGCAGGAGGGAUUUGACGGAGAUCGACCAGCGAGUUUUGAGGUCAGUCCCAGGGGAGGGGAAGCUGCCUCACGUGCAGGACUUAUCUUGGGGGCCAUCUAGCCCCAGCUUACCUUCUGGGUGUUCCGUCGCAGCGUCAUCUGGUGUCCUACUCUCGUUCGUCCCCUUCCACGAGGGGCGAAUCCCGAUACCUCCCUCCACGUCCAACAACGACUCAUCUAGAGUCCACGGCAUCGCGAACCCGCGACCUGCUCGCUGAUGAGAUAGAAGGCGGACGUUGGCUGAGAUCUCAACCAACUUCGCGACCUUCUCGAACUCAAGCCGGUUACGCU